GAACCAGCAUAGGCAUUUCCAGAAGAAGCCAUAAUUUAAAGUUGAAACCAUAUUUCAUGGUCAAAGGCAGUCUGAAAAUAAACUCUCCAGACGCCGAGGGAGCCCAAUGCGGCGCAUAGGAAGCCCGCGGCUCUCAGACCCCUAAUUGCAGAUUCGAUAGUCUUUCAACUCAACGGUGCAACCGAACAGGUUUUGUCUUCGUGAGGGGGAAAAAUAUUAGAAAUUUUAUUCUACUCGUAAAUAAUACGCCUUCGGUGCUCAACAUAAGGGAUUACAUUUUUUUUUCCCUAACAAAAGCGGAAACAGCGCCCGUGGCGAAUCUGCUGUUGCCAAUAUAAAGGUCCGGUCGUAGGCGGCACCAAGAAUCUUCCAUCCUUAGGAAAACGGCGCCGGUAUCCGUGGGAGAGGGAGCCCAGCCUCGGUAAGAACAUGAACGACUGGAUGCCCAUCGCCAAGGAGUAUGACCCCCUCAAAGCCGGCAGCAUCGAUGGCACGGACGAGGACCCCCACGACCGCGCCGUCUGGAGGGCCAUGCUGGCACGGUACACCCCCAACAAAGGCGUCACGGGGGACCCCCUCCUCACCCUGUUCGUGGCGAGGCUGAACUUGCAGACCAAAGAGGAGAAGCUGAAGGAGGUGUUUUCCCGCUACGGGGACAUCCGGCGGCUUCGGCUGGUGCGGGACCUGGUCACGGGCAUUUCCAAGGGCUACGCCUUCAUCGAGUACAAGGAGGAGCGGGCCCUGCUCAAAGCCUACCGGGACGCCGACGGCCUGGUCAUCGACCAGCACGAGAUCUUCGUGGACUACGAACUGGAAAGGACUCUCAAGGGCUGGAUCCCUCGGCGGCUGGGGGGAGGGCUGGGGGGCAAAAAGGAAUCCGGGCAGCUGAGGUUUGGGGGGCGGGACCGGCCUUUCCGGAAACCCAUCAAUCUGCCCGUUAUCAAAAGCGAUCAGUACAGAGAAGGGAAGAGGGACAAGAGGGAGCGGUCCCGAUCCCGGGAGAGACACUGGGAGCCGAGGACCAGGGAGCGAGACCAUGACCGGGGCAGGGACAAGAGGCGGCAGGAAAGGGAGCCGGCCAGGGGGUGGCCGGGAAAUGACUGGGAGAGAGAGCGGGACUUCAGGGAGGACAGGGCCAAGGGGAGGGAGCGGAGGGACAGGAGUAAGUAGAGGCUCAGCACCAGCACCAGCAGAGCCCAGAAGAAGGUAGAACGGAAGUAAAAGCACAGAGAGGUCUGCAUUGCCUCUAUACCACGGUAACCAAUGCUAAAUAAAGCUCCCUGAUGAUGCUCUGGCUCAGGUGGCACAGUCAGUUGGCUGUCGUCCUGUGCACUGAAAGGUGCUGGUUCGAAUCCUGGUCAGGCCACAUGCCUGGGGUGAUCGAUGUUUCUCUUUCUCCCCCCCCCCCCCCUAAAAAAAUCAAUUAAU